CUGUAAAUAAAAUUGACCUUAAUAUCACUGAUGACAUUUCUUUAUUUGAAAAUUUGAAUUUAAUUACAUUGGAUUUGGAACAUAAUCCCAUAAAAUCAAAUGGAUAUGGUAUCGCAAAAGUGGAAAGGACAAUACAAGAUAAUCUAAAGUCAACUAAAAAUCUAAAAGAUUAUUGUGAAUUAACGUACGAUAAUUGUAUAAAUAACGAUAAAAAUUUAGAAAAGAGGAAAAAUAUGUUCGGAUUUGUUAUUUUAAUUCGUUACUUAAUACAAAAGUUCAUUGACGACUUAGAAACAUCAGAAAAUACUAAAAGUUGGCCCAAUCUGGAUAUUAAGAAUUUUGAAGUAAAAAUAUCGAAAGUGUCUAAUUUCACAAAUAAAGCUGUAAACGAUCCCAAUUUCCUUGAAUCUUUAAAAGCUAUAAAUUAUCAACUGAUUGAAUUUAUAGAGACUGUGGAGGACAUAAAAAGCAAAGAAAAUAUUAACAAUUUUCUUAAAAAUUCAGUGAAAAUUAUGGAUAAUAUUUUAAAUACACUGAUAUUAUAUAAGGAAGUCGUUAAUUGUUACAAUAUAAGUGCUGAAAAUUUAAUACUAAUUAAUAACCAUUUUGAUUCUUAUCGUAACAACACAAAUAUUCUUCACUUCAUAGCUAAUUUAGGUUCUUUUCUAAUUGAUCCAAGGACAAAAAGUGAUAAUUGUCAAAUGAACGAAUCAUCAUCAUCAGAAAAUAAUCCACAAUAUAAAUUUGCCAAAACUUUACACAAGUUUUUUGAACUUAUUAAAGAAAUGAUUGUUGAAAAGAAAAAUUUAUUGCAAGAUAGUCCGGAAUUAAUAUAUUUCAAUCAACCUGACUAUUUGCAUUUAAAUCGAAAAAUAGGUUUUGUUGUAGAUUUAUUAAAGGACGAUAAUAUAAAAAUCAUGUUUCCGAAGGAAUUUGGCGAUUCUGAGAAAAUACUCGAACUCUAUCAACAGUUGCAAAAUAUUCAGUUUCUUGAUAUGAGAAGAAAGAUGUUUAAAAUUAUUAUGAGUUUGAUUAACGACAAAUACUUUCAACUUUCUAUAUAUAUACAAAAUUGCGGUGAUAGACAUUUAGCGAUACAAGAGUACAUGGAAUAUGUUCAUGAAAAUGUACUUGAUAUAGAAAAAAUUUUAGAAGAAAAUAAAAUUGAAGAUAUUAAAGAGACAUUAACAUCAGUUCUUGCAAAUACUAAAAAUGUAUCUAAAUCUCAAUUGUCAAGUGAGAAAACUCAAAACUGCAAUUCUUUAAAUAAUGAACUUGGUGUGACUAUGGAGAAAACUACAAAUUCAAUUAAUGAAAAUAUUCUAAGAUUUUUAAAAAAUAACGUAAAUGGCUUAGCAAAGAACAAAAAUUUAAGUGAUUCUAUUCAAAACUUUGAAUCUAUUAUAAAAGUUUCAAAAGACAAAUUAAACCAAGUUAAAGACGUUGAACUAGAGAGAAUUUUACAAGAAACGCUGAGUAGUAUUACAAUAGCAUCAUCAAUAACAUUUGACGAACCAAAGAAACAAGAUGUGAAACAAGAUCUUAAGAAACAAAACGAUUUAUAUUUAAUGAUUAGGAAAGGUUUAAAUUUUUUAGUUGAAUGUUAUAGAAAUAUUUCAGAAGCAAAAAUAUCGAAUCCGAAUUUAAAAGACAAAAAUCAUUUUAAUUUAAUUUAUUUUAUUUUCGAACGUACUGUGAGUUUAAAGAGAGCUGAUCAAUCUAGCAAAUAUGCUAUUAAAGAAUCACUUGAUCAGCUGAUAAACAAUACAGAUUGCAAUGAUAAUAAUAGUAAAAAUACGAAAAUAAGUAAAUUAUUAUUUGUAAAUUUCGAUGCAUACAAUUGUCUUUUACCGGAAGAAUUCAACAAAAAUAUUACUACUGAUCAUAUCAAUGAUUUUAUUAAUCACUUGUCAAGCGUAGUGCGCGGUAACGGAAAAAAAUACUUUACUGAAGAAAACAUUGGUUCACUUCAAAUAAAAGCAUUUGAGAAUGUUUUGAAGAGUGAAAAAAGUAGGUUAGAAAAAGAAGAUUUGACAAACAUUGAGAUGUUUAAUACAUCAAUUUCGAUUAUCAACAUUGUUCAAGACAUUGGAAAUAAAGCGAAAAUAAUUAACAAAAAUUUUUACGAACGAUUAAUUUGCAAUGCAACUUACAAAAAUGAUAGUCUUUUGGAUAUUCACAAAGCUUCUCUACAAUCCUUCACUAUAAUGCUAGACAGUCUCAAAAUAUCACAUACAAUCAUCGAUACAAAUUCACCAGAAACAGUUGAUUAUUUAAAAAAAAAUCUAACUGAUCUUCAUGAUAAAAUUAGAAAUAUAACUUCCAAAUUAACAGCACAUUGUGAUACUGACAAAAUAACAUCUGAUGACAAUAAUUUAAGUGUUAAAUUUGGUGAGAAACUUGAACAAAUUACAAAAUACGUAGAAGAAAAACUGAAAAAUUAUCUCUCUAAAGAAAUAUGGCAAUGUUCUGAUAUACAAGGUUUUAAAAAAUCUCUGAAAUAUUUAAUGGAAGUGGAAGGUAAAAUGAUACCCAUUGUUGAGAAUAUUAAAAAGGAAGAUACAAUUACGAUUUCAAGUCCAGAUUAUAAUGAGAGUGAAAAUAUUUCUAAUGAAAUUAAACAGGAAGAUAAUUAUGGCAAUCCAGAAGCGACAGUAGAAACAACGACAAGAAGAGAACCAGAGAAAGUAACACAGUUUACAAUUGAAAAACCUUCACUCGAAAUAGUAACUGGACUAAAUAAACCAAGUAAACCUGAACGACCAACAACACUUUCCAAAGCACCAGAAGAAAUAACGAAAAGUCCCUCGCCAGAUAGACCAGGGAAAGAAGAACCGAUUACAAUUAAAAAACCUUUACCUGAAGUAGUAACUAAACUAAAUAAACCAAAUAAACCUGAACGGCCAAUAACACUUUCCAAAGCACCAGAAGAAAUAACGAAAAGUCCCUCGCCAGAUAGACCAGAGAAAGAAGAACCGAUUACAAUUAAAAAACCUUUACCUGAAGUAGUAACUAAACUAAAUAAACCAAAUAAACCUGAACGGCCAAUAACACUUUCCAAAGCACCAGAAGAAAUAACGAAAAGUCCCUCGCCAGAUAGACCAGAGAAAGAAGAACCGAUUACAAUUAAAAAACCUUUACCUGAAGUAGUAACUAAACCAAAUCAACCAAGUAAACCUGAACUACCAACAACACUUUCCAAAGCACCAGAAAAAAUAACGAAAAGUCCCUUGCGAGAUAGACCAAGAAAAGAAAAACCGAUUACAAUGAUAGAGCCUUUACCUGAAGUAGUACCUGAACUAAAUCAACCAAGUAAACCUGAACUACCAACUUCACUUUUUGAAGCACCAGAAGAAAAAACCAAAACUUUUUCGCGAGAUAAACCAAAUAAACAUGAACGAAAAACAUCAUUUUUCAAAGAAAAAAAAAUAAUGAAAAUUUUUUCGCCAGAUAGACCAGGAAAAGAUAAACCUAUUACAAUGAAAGAGCCUUUACCUGAAGUAGUACCUGAACUAAAUCAGCAACCAAGUAAACUUGAACUACCAACAACAGUUAUCAACGCACCAGUAAAAAUAACGAAAAGUUCCUCGCCACGUAGACCAGAGAAAGAAACACUGAUUUCAAUUCAAAAACCUUUACCUGAAGUAGUGACUGAACUAAAUAAACCAAGUAAACCUGAACGACCAAUAACACUUUCCAAAGUACCAGGAGAAAUAAAGAAAAGUCCCUCGCCAGAUUCAAGCAUUCCAUUACCAUUAUGGACAGUGGAUCGACUGCCGGAUACGCAAAUAAUUGAGGAGGCAAAUUUGACAGAAAUGGAAAAGGGACCAAUGAAAGACAAUCAAGCAUCAUCCAGUUGUAAUUAUUUAAAAAUUUAUUAUGGAAAAUGUACUUCAAGCGAUGAAGAAAAAGAAGAAGAAGAUGAUGAUUCUUCUGAAGAAGAGGACGACAGUGAUUCUGAUUCUGAUGAUGACGAAUACGACUAUGAGUCUUCUGAAGAUUCAAUUAGCAAUUGGGAUAUAAGCUACUAUUCUGUAUACUAUUCUUGAUACCAGAAUUUUUCUACUCCAUUUUUAUCUACAUCAGAAGUGCCACAAGGCUCUUACAUAUAGUUUAAACUCUGUAAAAUAAGUCUUUAUACUUUAAAAUCCUUAUAAGAAAUAUUAAUCAAUAGAUAAAAAGGUAUUUUGUAAAAAAAAACGUUAGGUCAGAAUAACCCCAUGUGUUCUCCGUGGGUUAAGAAAAUUUUACCGAGAUUGAAAUUUAAUUUAUUUAUUUAUUUAAGAUACUUAUACGGGCAAAGCCCUUAAUACUUAAUUAAUAUUAACCUUAAAAUUCGAAAAAUUAUAAAACCGGAGAUAAAUCAAUUUUAUUUAACUAAGUAUAAAUUCAAGGUUACAUGGAAACGAUUAAAUAUGGUACAAAAAAGUGGGCGCCAGUCCUACAAAAACCGUAAAUAAAAUUAUAAAGACAAAAAAAAAAUUUUAAACAAUUCCGAAUAAACAAAGGACACGAGGCUAAUUUCCGGCAAUUUGUCAAAACUAGAAAUCUAUGAAAUUCUUUUACAAAUUACUACUUAAGAGUUUUCUGAAUAAAAAUCGGAAGAUGUUAACAAAAAUUAACGGGAUGCAACGGGAUGCAACCUGAAAUGUUGAGGGGAAUAAUUUUUUAUAAAGUAGGAUAGUUAAGAGAGUAAAACGAGAGCAUAACUAGAGAUGUCGCUCUUAAAUAAAAUAAAAAAUUUUUUUUUCGAGUUCAAAAUUAAAAAUAUUUUUUUGAAAAUUCAAAAUUGAAAAAAUUUUUGAAAAAAAAAAAUUGGAAAAUUUAUCUUUGUAACCCCUUUACUUGUCUUUUUAACAUAUUUAAAUUCCAUUAAAAUCGAAUCAGUAGUUUUCG